AUGUUUUCGGAUUUGGUAUGCAAUAGUGGAACAAUUCUAAUUAGUGGGGAGUUUGGUAUAGGAAUGUCGAAAUGGAUGAUCAAAGAACGAGGUGUCAAAAGAAUUGUGAUAAUGUUAGAAAAAAGUGCAUAUGAAAUAGAACGGUAUCGUCCCGAUUCGUCGACAAAUCGGACACUUCAAAGAAUAUACAUCAAAGAAUUUCAAAGGCGGGAGGGGCGGUGUGAGAGUGAGUGUCGACGAAUCGGGACUGAAUCAAUAGAACAAAACAAUUCUGAAUUAUUCAGUGACUGGCUCGAUUUAAAACAAAUUGCGGAGCAAUAUCAUGCGUUUAUUGAAAUAAUAAGAACAGAUAUAACGGAAUUUGAUCAAGUGUUACAACAUAUAUCUCGAAUUAACCAAGAUCAUAAGCAUCCUGUUCGGGGUAUUAUUCACAUUGCAAUGGUUCUUCAUGAUAGUUUGGUAAUAAAUAUGACAGAAGAAAUGUUGUCGAAAGCUAUGAAACCAAAGAUUUGUGGAGCUUUGAAUCUUCAUUAUGCAUCAGUAAAAACAUUAAGCCCACUUAAUUUUUUUAUAACGCUUUCAUCUGUUAGUAAUCAUGCGGGUAUUAUAAAACAGUCGAAUUACAAUGCUGGUAACAAUUUUCUUGACGCUAUUUCACAUUGGAGGUUUUAUUGCAAAAAACUUCCCUCUCUGUCUGUUAGUUUACCGAUAAUUUCUGAAGAUAGAUAUGUUCAUAAGAAGCAAAACGACUAUUCGGUACAAGGAAAAGGACCAGAGUUUAUACCAGCCAUUUAUGCAUUCAAAAUGAUUGAACAAUUAUAUAUUGAACAACAAACAAUAACUGUCGAUUGCUGUUCUACUCCUAUUAUAUUGGCUAUGGAUUGGAGAACGUUUCUCAGAACAAAGCAAAGGUCAUUAACGAGAUUAAUUAAUAUUGCUGAACAGUAUAUGAAAGAUGAAAAAGUAGAAGAAGAAGACGAAAUGUUGAUUGAUCAUAAAGUAAACGAAUUAAAAUCAAUCGAUCUUAAAAUGAUAACAAAUAAAAUACAUAUAGCAGUCUCAAAAUUAUUUGGCGCUUCAAGUGUAGAUCGUAUAGAUUUAAAUACACCACUUUCGGAACAAGGCAUGGAUUCAUUGACUGCAGUUGAGGUUCAUAAUUGGUCGGAAAAAGAAAUGACUAUAAAUAUUCCAAUUGUUGAAUUAUUACAAGGAAUGUCUGUCAAUGAUCUUGGGUCAUAUGUUCACUCUAAAUUGAUCAAUAGACAUUCUGCUGCUAGCCUAUCAAAUAACAAUAAUGAGACUAAAAAUUCAUUAUUAUCCAAGGAACAAGACGAUAUAUUGGAUGGAUAUACUGCCACAUCUCUUCUCGUUCCCCUUUACUCUUCUCACAGUUCCAAGCAUCUAUUAUUUUGCAUACAUGGCGUUGUUGGGUUCUAUCAAACAUUUAUACAGUUUGCACAUGAACUAACUAAAAUUUAUGAACAUGAUUGUCCUUCGAUUUAUGCAUUUCAAGCAAGUGGCUAUAAACCAGAUGAACCAUUUAUUGACACAAUUCAAAUGAUUGCUGAAGAAUACAUUUUACAAAUGAAACGGUUACAACCAAUAGGACCAUAUCAUAUCGCUGCAUAUUCAUUUGGUGGACUUAUUGCUUACGAAAUUGUUCGUCAAUUACAUAAAAAUCAUGAGGAAACAGUUAAAUCUUUAAUAUUGUUUGAUCCACUAUCACCCAAUGAUAAAUAUGUUUCAUUAGUACAAGAAACUACGAUGUUCGAAGCAUUUUAUAUUAUAUAUCAUUAUUUAUUAGAUGAAGAUGUACCAUAUGAUUCAGUUGAUGAAAUAUUAAAAUUACCAGAACAGCAGCGAAAUGAGAUCGAAAAUGAAAUGAUGAAAAAAGUACUCCCAGCAUUAGGCCCGCUGAUUAGUAGCAGCCAUGAUAAGGCUGAUGCCAAUACAGAAAACCAAAAGCAAUUUUUGGAUAGAAUCCUUCAAAUCAUUGGAAUACAUGCUAAAGCCAACAGGAAUUAUACGAUUAAUUUUGAAACCAAUUUAAUCUGUGAUAAAAAAUUAGUUAAUAAUGUUAUUAUGUUUAGUGUUUUAGAAAAUAGUAACAGUGAAUAUACAUCAAAAAGACAAUUUAAAAAUCAACAUCAGAUAUGGAAAAGUUUGCUUCCUCAUUUGCACGUUGAAAUUGUGCAAGCUAAUCAUGGAACAUUACUACAAGAAGCAUCAAAUGUAAAUUACAUUGUUAGGAAAUUAAAAUCUAUUGACAUACUGUAA